GUCGGAUGUGAUAUCGUUCCUCCUGUCUUUUAAAGAAAAAACAACAAGCCAGGACUUUUCAUUUUGGGAGCUGAAUUUUCGGCUUUUGUUUCUUAAAUUCAGCUGUUUUUUUAUUUCUUCUGCUCUUGUUGUAAUUUUAAGUGAAGAGAUGGGAGCUCAAUUGUCCAAGGGUGGAGCUGCUGAGGUCGAGAGUGCCACAGUUAAAACCAACGGCCAGGAGAAUGGCCACGUCAAAACCAACGGCGAUGUGUCAGCCAAACCAGAGGGAGAAACUGCAGUCGCUGACGGGAACGGAACAGCCGAAGCCCCCAAGGAAGCCGCAGAAUCGGGCGACACGAUUGAGGCGGCAGCCGACGGCGAAGCCAGCGCCAAGCCUGCAGAUGCCGAGACGGGCAAGAAGAAAAAGAAGUUCUCCUUGAAGAACUCAUUCAAGUUCAAGGGCCUCUCACUGAAAAAAGGUAAAAAGAGCAGUGGGGAGGCAGCAGAGGGGGCGGCACCAGAGGAGAACGGCCAUGCCCCGAAGGACACAAAAGAAGAGGAGAACGCUGCUGCCGAGGCGGCACCGGAGGCAUCUCCCGAGGCGGCACCAGAGGCAGCUCCCGAGGAAGCACCAGAGGCAGCUCCCGAGGAAGCACCAGAAGCAGCUCCCGAGGCAGCACAGGCUUCCGAAGCUUCAGAACCAGAGCCUAAAACAGAAGAACCCGCCCCUGCUGCAGAAGCCACAUCCACAGAGGAGAGCGGCAAAUCCGAGGAAGCCCCCGCCGAGACCGAGGCCACGCCCACUGAGCCCGCACCAGCCUCGGAGUAACCCACUAGACCAGACUGUUUUCCCCAUUCCUUCCUUUUUGUUUAGUUUUUUGUUCAUUUUUAAAGAUUGAAUAUAUAAAGUAUACGUAUAUAUACAUCUAUAUGAGACUUGUGCCACAUCUUUCAAGUCUUACAGCAGUAACAGCAAAUGAGCCAACAACAUAGUAAAAAGCACCACUGUGGUUCUUUAUAUUUUCCCAUGGUCCUGUUCUCCUGUGGACACACGUACUGCGUAUCUAGACUGCGGUGGAAAUACAGACGCGCAUUUCUACCACGGAUUGGAAUAUUUUCAUCUGUAACAGUCUCAUAUCCCUCGGGUUUUCCGUCUCAGAUGUCGGCAGCAGGCGAGCAAAUUGACGAACCGUCAUUGGCGAUUAAAGGACAUUGUGAUGCCUCUCGAAAUAGCCUGUUUUUAUUUUUAGAAGGUCUACAUUCCUGCAUUUUUAACCCCUGAAAACACAUUUAGUGCUGUGCAGAGAAACUUUGGAGGGGUGGGCAGAGGUUACAGUUUAGUCUGAUUUUUAACAAGAUUUUGGAAGCGACAUGUAUCUCUCUUGACGUAGGGGUGUACAAGCCACUUUUAUCAGCUUCUUCUUUGUUCGUUUGUCUUUGUAUAUAAUUUUUUGUCUUUAUUUUGCUAACGUUUUUAAAUGUUACUGGUUUUAUUGUAAAAUUAAUGACAAAUAAAUUUUGGAUCUUCUCAUUCGA